AUGGUUCAAUAUUUAUGGCCUCCUACGCAUACUGGAAGUUACUUUAUUAGAUAUCUCAAGAGAUUCUUUAUGAUGUUUUCAAAUAGCUUUCUUAAGAAGCGAAGGUCGAUACUUUAUGAUUCUGUCUUGACAUAUCAAAUGUUCACAAAUGAAACUGAAAAGGAUGUGAAAGAAGGUCUUUCAAAUGUCAAUCAAGAAAGUAAGAAAAGAGUUGAAAAUGCUUAG